AUGCCUAUAAUCCAAUUAAAGAUAAAAGAAUUACAAAAAAUUUAAAGAGUACUUGCUCAAGUUUACUAUAACUUUCAUGAUUAAGGUAGCAAUCUAAAAGAACUAAGUCCUUUACUAAUCAGUGAAAAUAUAUCAAAUUAAACCUAUUCAAUAAAAGUAGAGUCAAACGAUUUGAUAAGUUAUGUAGGAGCUAAAUACCAAGCUAAAUUUGAACUUAUUAUCUCUUCACCUAGGAAUAUAUCUUUUAUAAUAUAAGACUAAUCUUAAAGAAUUUUACUGUUAACUCUAAGUUAAUCAAUAUAAAGCUUCACUAUAGAGUAAAUACUUGACUAGCCUUACUUAAUUUACACUAUAUUUUCUUAUAUAAAUGAAGAAAAUGUUUUGAACUAGAUUAAAAUCAAUGGAUUAAAGCUGUUCAUAAAUAUAAAUAAUUCUUAGCUAAAAUAAAAUAUUUCUUAUUAAAAUUUUAAUUCUUCAUUUCUAAGAAUACUAUAAACAUGUGAUUCAUCAUAAUUUUUUCAUCCUAUUUAUUAGCGCUGUGAAAGUUGCCACCCUAAUUGCAAAGGCUGUACAGAAUAUUAAAAGUGUAAAGAUUGUUAAAAAUAACCUGGCAAACUUUAGAGGUACGAUUAACUUGCAGAUGGGUUUUGUAGUAUUUGUCCAUCAGGAUAAACUUGGAGACCUAAUAAUAUAUGUAACGGCUGUUCAGAUACUUGUUACUGUGAUAGUAGUAAUAAAUAAUGCAUUUUAUGUAAAGAUAGUAAAAAUUAUCUUAAUAUCUAAAGAAACACAUGCGAGCCAUGUUAGUUAGAUUAAGGAUAUUAUAUUGAUGGAUAAUUUUGCAAACGAUGUAAUCUUAUUUGUAAGACAUGCUAAGGACCAUCUGAUAGUGAUUGUUUAUAAUGUAUUGAUGGCGCUAAAAAAUACGAAGAUGGAAGUUGUAAAUAUAACAAUUAAAAUUCUAACGAUUGCAUUUUUCCUUACAAAUAAGAUAAAUCUUCAAAUUGCGUAUGUAAUUAAGAUGGCUAUUAUCUUAAGGAUAAAAACUGUGUUGAAUGCUAAGCUGAUUUAAAAUGUUAAAAGUGUUCACCUGAGACAUAAUGUACUUAAUGCUAUGCUAACAAACCUGAAAAAUACCUACAAGAUGGAAAAAAAUGCACUAAUUGUAUAUAAAAUGGAUACUUUAUCAAUUAAAGUUAAAACAUUUGUGAUAAUUGCAUUUCGAACUGUGAUACAUGCAAUAACAAAUCUGAAUGCUAAAAAUGUAGUUCUGGCUUUUAUAUCUUAGAAGAUAAUAAAUCUUGCUCUUAGUGCUUAUAAGAUGGAUACUUUAUAGAUAAAUCAAAUUAAUUUUGUAAUAAAUGCCCACAGGAGAAGAAGUGUCAAAAAUGUAAUAAUGAUUUGAAAUGUACUGAAUGCUAAAGUGGCUUCUACCUUUUUAAUUCAGAUAAUUGUAUUUCCUGUGGCGAAGGUUAUUUUUAAAAUGGAAAAAAUUGCUUUAAAUGCACUGAAAAUUGUUAAAUCUGUGCAGAUCAAAAUAAAUGUAAAAAGUGCUCAUAAAAUUUUUAUUUGUUUAAUGGCGGAGCUUCAUGCAUACCUUGUAAUAGUUAAGGAUAAUUUUAAUAAAGCGAUACAUGCUAAUUAUGUGAUGCCUCUUGCUCCAAAUGUUAAGGAAUGACAUAAAAUGAUUGUUUAGAAUGCAAAGACUCAACGUAAUUUAGUUAUAAGGGAAAAUGUGAAGCCUGCUCAAGAGAUGGAGUUUUCAAAAGUGGUAGAUAAUGUUUUGAUUGUGCUUAAAAUUGUAAAUCUUGUACUGGAGUAGAAAUAGAGAAAUGCACAUAAUGCAUAGAUACAUUUAGCUUUUAGUAUGAUAAAAAAUGUUUAAUAUGCCCAACUUAGUAGAAAUAUUUUAUUGAUGGGAAUAACUACUGUUUAAAAUGCCAUGAUACAUGUUAAACAUGUUCUGAUGAAAAGGAAAUAUCAUGCAGUACUUGUAUAGACAAUUUAAUAAUAGAUAAAUAUGACCGCAAAUGCAAAAUUUGUAAUACUAGUAAUGGUUUCUUUGUAAAUAGUUUGAAUGAAUGCGAGAAAUGUCAUUCUACUUGCAAGUAAUGUGAUGGACUUUCGGACACAAAUUGCAAAGAAUGCAUUUAAGGUUUAAGCUUUUUAAACGGUAAAUGUUAAAACUGUAAUACAGAAAAUUCAUAUUAUACUGAUAACAAUAAUAAUUGUUUAGAAUGCGAUAAAUCUUGUCAAACAUGUUCAAGUAAAGAUGUAUGCAUCAAGUGUAAAGCUGGUUUGAGUUUUCCUUCUGACUAAACAUCAAAGUUAUGUAUUAACUGUGACUUAGAUAAUAUGUAUGUAAAAGAUCCAAAUGGCUUAAAUAUUUGUUAAAACUGCCAUAUGAAUUGCAAAGGAUGCAAAGGACCAAACAUUUAAGAUUGCAUUUAGUGUAAAGAAUAAUUUUUUAUCAACCCAAAAGAUAAUUCUUGCGAAACAUGUAAUUUGGAAGCAGAUAAGAAGUACAUAGAUGACAAUAAUUAUUGCUAAAAUUGUGAUGUCUAGUGUAAAACCUGCACCGGACCUGGAAACGGAUAAUGUAAACUCUGUGCAGAGGGUUUAUAUUUUAAUGACUAGAUGGUAUGUAUAAAAUGUCCAAGUGAAAAAUUUUAUAUAACUGAUUAUAAAUAUUGUAAGAAAUGUCAUGAUUCUUGUCUUACCUGUAAUGGUAGUUCAGAUAAUAAUUGCUUGAGUUGUGCAAAUGAUUUGGCUCUCCAUGAAAAUAGCACAUGUAAAUAAUGUUAAACAGAAAAUGGGUUCUUUAUUGCUUAUGAGAACGAUAUCAAAGUUUGUAAGAGAUGUGACUCAUCGUGCAAAACUUGCCAUGGAUAGAAUAACACUGAUUGUGAUUCCUGUUUAAAUUUAAAUUUUUUGAUUGAUUCUGAUACAAAAAUUUGUUAAGCUUGCUAAACUGAAAAUAAAUAUUUCUAAGAUGGAGUUUAUUGCAAGAAAUGUGAUGAUUCUUGCAAGAAAUGCAAAAAUUAAGAUGCUAAAUCAUGUACUGAAUGUGCAGAAAAUCCUAUAAAAUUGUAUUUUAGAGAUGGUCUUUGCCAAAAGUGCGAGGAGUCUGAAGGAUUUUACAUUAAAGAUGACAAAAUUAGCUGUGAAAAAUGUGAAUCAAGUUGCAAGACUUGUUAUGGAGGAUAAAGUAACUAAUGUAAAACUUGUUAAGAAAAUAAAUAUUUAUUUUCAGAUAAUACCUGUAAGGAAUGUGAUAUAAACAACAAAUUUUUCAAGAGUGGAAUAUUUUGUUUACCUUGUAAUUAAGAAUGCUAAACCUGCUUUGGAUAAGGUUAAGACUAAUGUCUGAGCUGUCCAGUUAACAAAUUUUUAUUAACUGAGAAUGGAAAACAAACUUGUGUUGAUUGUCUAUCUACUUAAUCAUUUUAUCAAAAUGGAAAUAAUUGUAUGAGAUGUGAUUCUUCUUGCUUAGAGUGUAAAGAUUCUAAUAAAACUAGUUGUACUAAAUGCUGGGAUACUGAUUAUGAAUUUGAAGACGGGUCUUGCUAAUUAGAGUGCCCCCAAGAUGGUUAUUUUAAAGAAGGUAAAAAGUGUAAAAAAUGUCACUCUAGUUGCAAGCAGUGCAAAUAAUAAGGUCAAAAUGAUUGUUUAUUAUGUAAUGGUGAAUAAAAACUAUAUCCUGAAGGGAACUGUAAUGACUGUCAAAUAAAUAAUAAAUAUUUUAUUUAAGAUAAAUUGUGCUUACCUUGUCAUAAUUCGUGUAAAACUUGUAAAGAUAGCUCAGAAAUUGGUUGCUUAGAUUGCGAUGCGAAUUUAUACAAGCAAGUUGAUUUAACUUGUAAAAAAUGUGAUUUAAACAGUGGCAUGUUUGUAGAUAAAGCUGAUAAUAUAUGUAAAAAAUGCGAUUUAACUUGCUAAACUUGCUCUACAUCAUCUGAAAAUGAUUGUUUAACCUGCUCAGGAAACAGAAAAUUCUAUCACAAUAAAGAUUCUACUUAGAAAAAGUGCAUUUUAUGCUAAGUUAAUAAUAAAUAAUUUGAAAAAGAAGAUAUGUGUUUGGAUUGCGAUGCUACGUGCUUAACAUGUAGUGGUGCUUCUGAAACAGAAUGCAUUACUUGUGAUGGAUAAUAUCUGAUGCACUAAGAUAAAAAAUGUAAAAUUUGUGAUACGUCAAAUGGCUUUUAUAUUUAAGAUAAAAACUGCAUAGCAUGCAGUGAUGGCGGCUGUCAAACAUGUGAUAAAGAUGGCUGUAAGAAAUGCAUAGGUAAUUUGAAACUCAAAGAAGGAGUAUGCACUGAAUGUAAGCUAUCUGAUGGUUAUUUUAUUUAAGACUCUAACUGUAUAAAAUGCCACUCUUCUUGUAGGGAGUGUUCUGGACCAUCUUAAUUUGAUUGUAUAACCUGCAAAGAUAAUUAAUAUCUUAAAAAAAUAGAUGAAAAAGAUUCUAUUUCCCAAAAACAAUGCUAGGAAUGUCCUAAUGAAGGCUAUUUCGUGAAAGAUAUGGAAUGUGUUAAGUGCCAUGAUACAUGUCUUAAGUGUCACUCUUAAGACUCCACUGGCUGUGAUGUGUGCAUAGGCAAUUUAAAAUUUAGAACAGAUAAAAUUUGCUAAGAAUGCCCUUCUGAAAAUUUUUAUAUUGAUAAAGACAGAUGUUUGGAAUGCUUUGCAGAUUGUAAAACAUGUAAAGGUCCUUAAUCUAACUAGUGUUUAUCUUGUAAGGACGGUUUAAAUAUAUAUUAUAAAGAUAAUAUUUGCAGAGAUUGCAACAAAGAUAAUUUCUGGAUAUCAAAAGAGGAUAAUAUUUGCUAUGAUUGUCACUAUUCUUGCUAAACCUGUAAUGGAAAUAAUAAAGAAAAUUGUACUAAAUGUUAAACUCCUUUCAUGUGGCUUGGUAAUUUAUGUGAUUCAUGCCCAAAGUCUAAUUAUUAUGCAGAUCUAACAAAUAAUAAGUGUAUUGCUUGUCAUUAAUCUUGUGAAUUGUGUAGUAGUGACUAAGAAACUGAUUGUUUAAAGUGCAAAAAUGAUGCUAAAUUCCAUACAGAAAAAAUCAAUUAAGGUGGAAUUAUUUAAGAAGUAAAGUAUUGCAAGAAUUGCUAAAUAAAUAACGGUUAUUUUGUUAAAGGAGACUAGUGCUUAAAGUGCCAUAGUAGCUGUUUAACUUGCGAUGAUGAAUAAGAAAAUAAAUGUAAGUCUUGUUAAGAUGGAUUAUUUUUAUUUGAAGAUGGAACCUGUAAGAAAUGUCCUAAUGAGGAGUACUAUUCAGAAAAAAUAAAUCAAAUUAAUAUGUGCAAGUAAUGCUCUCCUAAUUGUCUAACAUGCUCAUAAUUUGGAGAUGACAAAUGCCUAAUAUGUAAAAAAGAUCUUUAUAAAAAUGAUUCAGACAAAUGUGAAAAAUGUGAAACAGAUAAAAAAGUUUUUAUUAAAGGAGAUAGAUGCCUUCAAUGUGAUAGCACGUGUAAAACAUGUAAAGAUGAGAGUCCUAAGGGUUGUGAUAAAUGUGAAGAUAAUCUUAGUAAGCUGCCAGAUAAGACCUGCUAAAAAUGCCCACAAAAGGGGUAUUUCUUAGAAGGAGAGUUUUGCAAAGUAUGUCAUAACACUUGUGAAGAGUGUGAAGGCGAAAAUUAAAAAUAAUGCAAAAUUUGUGCAACUGGAUUAACAUUUUGGAAAGAUUAAAACGGAGAUUAGAUUUGUGUAAAGUGCUAAGAAAAGAUUGCGCAUUACGUUGAUGGAUCAUAUUGCAAACCUUGUCAUUCAAGCUGUUUAGAGUGUUCUGGAGGAGAUUAAUCACAAUGCAAAAAAUGUGUAGAAGGGAAAUAUUUCAAAGAUAAAAAUAAUUAAAGUGAAGGCUAAUGUCUAGAAUGUACAGGAUCUUAUUUUGCAUAAGGAGAUUUAUGCUUAGCUUGCCAUUAGAACUGUUAAACUUGCAAAGGGUCUUAAGAAACAGAUUGCAUUUAGUGUGCUGGAUUACUUAAAUUCAACAAAGAUAAGUCAAAAUGUAUAAACUGUAGGACAGAUAAUGGAUAGUUUUUGAAUAAUGACAUUUGCUAUGAUUGUGAUAAAAGCUGCAAAAUCUGUAACGGAGAAAGUAAUACAAACUGUUUAUAAUGUAUAGAUGAUCUUUAUUUUUUCCAAGAAGACGAUAAUACUAAAAAUAAAUGUAUGCAAUGCCCCUCAGAAUUAUACUAUAUAGAUCUUAAUAAAAAAGAUUGUUUAAAAUGCGAUGGUUCAUGCUAAACUUGUAAACCUGGAUUGCCUAAACAAUGCUUAAAAUGCAAAUAAGGAGGAACUUUUAUGGACGAUGGUACAUGCUAAAUUUGCCCAGAGUUUGGCUUUUUUGUAAAUGUUGGUAAAUGUUUAAAAUGUGAUCCAUCUUGCAAAAAGUGCUAAGGGGAUAGUGCUUUGAAUUGUACUGAAUGCCAUGAAAAUAAUUACUUUGACUUAAAUGACAGUAAUAAAUGUAAGGAAUGUGAUACUUAAAAUGGUCACUUUAUAUAAAAUAAUAAAGAUUGUUAGAAGUGUAACUAUUCCUGUUAGACUUGUAAAGAUGAUACUGAAUUCGGUUGUUUGACCUGCAAGAAUAAUUUAUAUUUUAAAGAUUAUGUUGACCCAUCUGAUACUUCAAUAGUAAAAUAAAAGUGUGAGAUUUGUGAUUAAGAUAAUGGAUGGGUUAUUAAUGGAGCAGAUGUUGGAAAACAAAAAUGUUAAAAAUGUCAUGAGUCAUGCAAAAAAUGUUCUGGCAUAGAUGCUAAAUAGUGUACUGAAUGCAAGAAUGGACUUUAUUUUAGAGAUGGAAUAUGUUAAUAAUGUGAUGUUAGUGAUGGUUUUUUUAUCAAAGAUAAAUUUUGUUUAAAAUGUUCAGAAAACUGCAAAACUUGUAGUAGCACUGAAAAAAAUGAGUGUCUUACCUGUAGAACAAAUAAAUUCUUUAUUGAGAAUACAUAGGAGUGCUAGCCUUGUAAUUAGGACUAAGGAUUUUAUUUAGAUACUAAUUCCAGGUGUUUUAAAUGCCAUAGUUCAUGUAAAACAUGCAAUGGUGGUGAAGAUAUAAAUUGUACUAAAUGUGCAGAUUAACUAAGUUUUCUUGAUGGAUUAUGCAAAAUUUGUGAUAUAUAAAACAAAUACUAUAUUGAGUAAUUAACAAAUAAAUGCCUAAAAUGCCAUGAUACUUGCUAAACCUGUAAAGGUAGUGGAGUAAAUUAAUGCUUAUCUUGUAGAGAUAAGCUAACAUUUGAUGAGGAUAACAAUUGCAUUACAUGCCCGUCAGAAGGAUAUUACGUAGAUAACCUUAAAUGUAUUAAAUGUCAUGAUUCUUGUAAAUAGUGUAGCUCUUAAUUAGCAACAGGUUGCACUGAAUGCCAAACUUAUCUUUUUUACUAUCCAACUAGUAAACUUUGUAAGUCUUGUGAUAUUUAAGACGGUUAUUUUAUGAAGAAAGAACCAACAGGAAAUUUCAGUCAAUUAUGCUUAUCGUGUCAUUAAGAUUGUAAAACUUGUAUUGAUGAACAACAAAACAAUUGCCUAAUUUGCAGGGAAGUUUAUUCGUUUAAAAAUGAUAAAAACAUAUGCAAGAAUUGUCAUAAAGACUGCUAAAAAUGUAAUGGAGAAUAAUAAACAGAUUGUAUAGAAUGUAAGUAACCUGGUUAUCAUAUAAGGUUAGAUAAGACUUGUGGUUUAUGUUUAUCUAAUUAAUAUCUAGAAGAAAAUCAUUGUUAAAAUUGCUCAGAUAACUGCUUAAAGUGUGUUGAUAAUAAAACAUGUUAAGAAUGUGGAAACAAUGCUCAUAUAAAAUAAAAUGGUAAAUGUGGAGAAUGUGAGAAAAAUGAAUAUGCUGACAAAGCUACCAACAAAUGUAUGCCAUGUCAUGAAACUUGCUUAAGUUGCAAAGGCAGUUAAAAUAAUGAGUGUUUGUAAUGUUAAGAUGGAGCUUUAAGAAUAAGGACAGAUACUAAGCAAUGUGGUAAAUGCGAUCCUAAUUAAUAUUAUGAUAAUAUAUAGUGCUAUGAUUGUCAUAGAGAUUGUAAAACAUGCUCAGGGCCUGGUAAUGAUUUUGAUUAAUGCACGUCAUGUGUAGAUGCUACUAAAUACGAAUGCAAUUAAAAUGAUUUGAACUAUUUUGCUAAGAAUUAUUAAUAAAAAAAAUAAUGUGAAAAGAAAUGCUUGAAAUGCCAUUAGAAUUGUAGUUAGUGCUUUGGAGAAUAGAGCAACUAAUGCAUGAAGUGUAAUAAGAUGAUACUUUAGAAUGAUUUUUCUUGUUAAAGAAAAUGUCCAGAAAGAAUGUUUUUCGAUGAAUCUGAUCCUAAAGAAGUUAAAUGUACAAAUUGUGAAAAAAACUGCAAAGUUUGUGAAAAUCAAAAUAAAUGUAUAGCAUGUGAUGAAGAAUAUACUUUAUUCGAAGGGUAGUGUUAUAAAUGCUUGAGUCACUAAUAUUUAGAUAAAAAACUUAAAAAAUGCAUUGAAUGUGAUAGCGAUUGUAAAACUUGCUUUAAUCAAGGCAGAUAAGCUUGUAUCGAGUGUUCAGAUCCUGCCAAAUUUUUUGAUUAAGAUAAUUUUUGUGUAAGUUAAUGUGUUUCUGGAUACAUUAAGAAUGACAAAACAAAUAGAUGCUAAAAGUGCAAAUAUAUUAUAAACUAAAUAAGUAAAUCUAAAACAUGUGUGGUAGAUUGCAACAAAAAUUAGUUUUUAGAUCCUCAAACUUACAUUUGCAACGAUUGCUAAAAUAAUUGCUCAGAAUGCCAAUCUCUCACAAAAUGUACAUCAUGCAUAAAAGAUUAUCAUUUUGUAAGCGAAAAGUAAGAAGCUUGUAGAAAAUGUGAGUAAGAUGAGUAUAUUAGCAGCAAAAAUGUAUGUAAGAAGUGCGAGUUUUUAAAUUGCUUAACUUGCAAUGAAAAUCAUUGCACUAAGUGCUCUUACAAGUAUUUUCUUAAUGAAAACAAUACAUGUAAGUAUGAUGAUCGCUACAACUUCUAUGAAUGCACUGACUUAAAUAAACUAGAUGAUAGCUGUGAAAAAGAGAUGUAAUUGAUAGACAAAAUUGAUUUUGGAAUGAAAUAAUCUAUAAUAGCAACUUAUUCUAUUCAAGCUAUUUCUUUUUUUAUCCUAAGAUCCACUUCAGUUAUGUCUUACUCAAUACAAAUUCAAUAAUAAAUAGGUAAUAGUUAUUUGCUAAAAGACUCUUUAAAAAGCCUAAGUUUAGGGCCUACUUUUUAUUAGUAAAAUUUCUAAUAAAAUUUAAUCAACAUGAUACCAAAUCCCUUUAGGUAUAUUUCAGCCUAUGACUUAUAUUUUUAUCCUAAGUAGAGUAUUAAUAGUUUAUAAUCUUUCAAAUUAGAUUAAAAUUUAGAAAGCAAAUAUCUAUAAAGUAACACAUCAUUAAAAGAAUAAGCGUAUUAAUAAACUAAUCAAGGUAUUUAUAACAGUAGUUAAAAUAUAACGAGCAAUUCAGUGAAGCUUUUAAAAAAUGAAAUAUAAAAUUAAUAGAUUAAUUCUAAUCCGCUAAGGAAUUUGUUGUAAGAGAAAAGAGAGCUUGAAGAAAAUUCAUUAAUUUAAAAUAAUCUAAGAGAUAUCCGCUCUUAAGAAUUGAGUAGCAUAUUUGUAGAAACCAUAAUAAUGUAUAGUUUUAUUUUCCUAUUGAUAGUACUAUUCUAUGUAAUAGUAUAUUUUUUUAGAAAUAAGUAUGAGUUGAUGAGUCAAAUCUAUAGUAAUAGAUUCAAAUUUAUUAUUCAAAUGCAACAAAUAUUCUCCAACUUCAUUUUUACAAGCGUGCUCUAUUCUUAUUCUUUCAUUAAUUUUUCUUCUAUGAGCUUAAUAAACUGGUUAGGAAUAGCUUUUUAGGCUGUCUACAUAAUAUUUUAUUGUACUUUUGGAUUUAUACUAUUUAGAAAAGUAAGAAAUUUCAGUAAAAAAGUGUAUGAUGAAGACUAACUUAAAUAUUAGCUAUUUUUUAUAGAAGGAAUAGCCACUGAUUUGCCUUUCAAUAAAUAUUUUUGGUUUAUUUUUGAGUUCAGAAAAGUGAUUAUUUUACUCUUAUAAUUUUGUGUUCCUCUAACUGAAAUAUCUACCUUGCUCAUUUUGAUAAUUAACUUUUCUUUUUUGAUUUUUUAUUGGUUAACAAAGCCAUUUGAAGUUAAAAGUUAGUUAUAGUAUUACUUUGUUCUUGAAAUUCUGAAUUGUACGAAUAGUUUAUUGCUUUGUUCUCUGUUUUUUACCAACUCUAAGAUAAUAAGUUGGGGGAUUUUAGUAAAUCUUAUGCUCAUUAACUUAAUAGUUUUAAUUUAUACGAUUUAUAGCUUAUGCAGAGUUAUAUAUAUCAAAUACUUCAAAGUGAGAUUUAUAGUAUCAAGAACUUAAGAAACUGAUGUUUCAAUUAAAUGGAAGCAAAUAAGAAACAAUUUUAAGUUAAAAAGAUAUAUCGUUUCCAAAAAAAAUGCACCAAUCCCUCUAUCAGUGAAGGAAAUACUUAAUUAAAGUGCUGACAUUAGUUAAUUUAGUAGCAUUUCUUCAAAGAAUUUUGAAGAAAAAUCUGAUUGCAUAAAUGAAUUAUCUAUUAAAUGGUAAAUAAAUCCUCUUAAAGUGAGAGAGAUAGCUCUACCAAAAAUUCAAAAAUGA